AUAAACGAAAAAAAAACAAUGGAGUCAACGGCCACUGUUGCAUUAGAUCGAUCAACUCAGCUAAAAGCUUUCGACGAGACCAAGACCGGAGUCAAAGGCCUUGUCGAAGCCGGAAUCUCAGAGAUUCCCGCCAUCUUCCGUGCACAUCCAGCUACUAUAACAACCCCAAAACCACCUUCAUCAUCGCAGUUCACCAUCCCAACAAUCGAUCUCCAAGGAGGCAUAGACUCGCGGAGAAACUUGGUGGAGAAGAUCGGAGACGCGGCUGAGAGAUGGGGCUUCUUUCAGGUGAUCAAUCAUGGUAUCUCGCUAGAUGUGUUGGAGAGGAUGAAAGAAGGAGUUCGUGAGUUUCAUGAGCAAGAUCCAGAAGUGAGGAAGAGGUUCUACUCUCGAGAUCCAAGUAGUAAGAUGGUUUACAGUAGCAACUUUGAUCUUUAUAGCUCACCGGCUGCGAACUGGAGAGAUACGCUAGGUUGCUAUACGGCUCCAGAUCCUCCUAGACCAGAGGACUUGCCAGCCGCUUGUGGGGAGGUGAUGAUUGAAUACUCAAAGGAAGUGAUGAAAGUGGGUAAAAUGCUCUUUGAACUUCUCUCAGAAGCUCUAGGGUUAAACACUAAUCACCUCAAGGACAUGGACUGCACCAAUUCAAUGCUGCUACUCGGCCAUUAUUACCCUCCCUGUCCUCAACCAGACCUUACUUUAGGAUUAACCAAACACUCAGACAACUCUUUUCUAACGGUUCUUCUUCAAGACCAUAUCGGAGGGCUACAAGUUCUCCAUGAUCAAUAUUGGGUUGAUGUUCCUCAUGUCCCUGGAGCUCUUGUCGUCAACGUUGGAGACCUUCUCCAGCUUAUUACAAACGGCAAGUUCAUAAGCGUGGAGCAUCGUGUUUUGGCUAAUGGAACUGGUACUGAACCGCGUAUCUCAGUGGCGUGCUUCUUCAGUUCGUAUUUGAUGGCGAAUCCUAGAGUUUAUGGACCUAUCAAAGAGCUUUUGUCUGAACAAAACCCUCCUAUAUAUAGAGACACCACCAUUACAGAGUAUUCAAAGUUCUACAGAUCCAAAGGAUUCGAUGGUACCUCUGGAUUACUAUACCUCAAGAUCUAAAGAAUGCACGUUCAUGUUUAUUUAAUAAAGAUGUGUACCCUGUAAUAACUUCUUGUGUAAUAAGACUGUGUUAUAGACAGUGGGCCAUAAAUUAUCACAUACCGUUCAUUUUCUAUCAAACUUGUAACACUAUUAUCUAUGGACAGUGAUUUUUCUACUGCGAAUUGUCAAAUGUCUAUCAAUGAUAUCUAUAAGCAAUGGUUUUGCUGUAA